ACUCCUUGCAUGUUACAAAGUAUGUAAAAUCAAGUACUAUAUAAUCUUUCCAUAUGGGGAUUCAGUUAUCAACUAUACAGACACCCCAAUUCCAUGAGUUAUUUGCUGAAGAACUUCCAGAUUACUAUAAUGAACGAAGUCUAGGAGAUUCUCAAUUUCUGCGAACAUUUCGCAUUCUAAAGCGAAAGGGAAAUGAAGAAUUAAUAAAAGUAUUUGUAAAUAAGUUACCGGAAAUCUCUCUAACCGCCAUUGUCAAUUCCCUACAAGAAGAGCAAGAGAGAAUUCUUGAAAGGUCUCCCAAUAUCCUACCGUAUACGAAGACGUUGGUUACAAUGCGGGCUGCGUAUCUAAUGCGCCCAUAUGUUGCCCAUAACUUAUAUGAUAGGAUAUCUACUCGUCCAUUCUUAGAUUCUGCAGAAAAGAAGUGGAUCAUGUUCCAACUACUUAAAGGAAUUUCAGAUUGCCAUAGACAUGGGAUUUGUCAUGGUGAUAUUAAAACUGAAAACAUAUUAGUAACUACUUGGAAUUGGGUAUACAUAUCAGAUUUUAGCUCCUUCAAACCAACAUUCCUUCCUGAAGAUAACCCAGCAGACUAUAGCUAUUUUUUCGAUACUUCUUCUCGCCGUGUCUGUAACAUUGCACCUGAACGCUUUGUUCCGAACUCGCAAAUUCGCAUAGCCCCACUUACUCCAGAGAUGGAUAUUUUUAGCUUAGGAUGUGUAUUUGCUGAGCUUCUCUUGGAAGGGUCACCGCUUUUUACACUCUCUCAACUUUUUAAUUACAAGGCUAACAAUUCUUACGACAUCUCUACCGUUCUUCGUCAAAUCAAAGAUCUAGACACUCAGAAUAUGAUCUUGGAAAUGCUUCAAUGUGACCCUACAAAACGCGAUACGGCAGACAAUUAUUUGAAGCGAUUUCGAGGCACUGUGUUCCCAGAAUGUUUUUAUACUCCCUUGUAUGAUUACUGUUGUAAAUUAUUAGACCCCCAAAGCAUUUCAUAUGCAGAGCCCGUCCGAAACCAGCCGUAUAUUUAUUCUUUACGAGUGGAUACUAUUUUUAAUGAUUUAAUUCCGUUUGUUGACGCCUUUAAUAAUGAUUCUAACGACCAUCUAUUGUCUAGGAAAAUGAAUGACGAUUUUGAAAGCUCUUUUGUUCCUCUUUAUACAUCUUUAACUGAUGAAUUCGAUACGACAUUUGCGUCAGGUAAAUGGUAUCAACUAUUUUUGGAGAAUUCGAAGAAGCUAUUUGGUGAAGAUAUCCAUUCGCAUAAUGCAAGGGCGACUGAUGCCGGUAUUAUAGAACAUGAUACUGAUUAUUUGAAAGCUUCAUUACACGCGGCAAGUAUCCUUCUGCCGAUUGUUCUUUCUGCUGUACGCCAUGUCCGGACCAGGGAAUCAAAGCUGAAUGCCUUAAGAACUAUAGAAAUAUUAUCGACUAGUAUUCCCGAUGAGGCAAAAUUGGAUACGGCCUUGCCUUUUAUAAUGACUCUUGUAGCCGAUGAAUUCACAGACGUGCGAAUUCGAGCUUUAAUAACUAUUACUCGUCUCGUUCGGAAUAUUAGCGCUAUCGCUCCCAUCAACGCAUUCUUAUUUCAGGAAUAUUUGUUUCCGGAUUUACAAAGGUACUUAUCCGAUUCAAGUUCUCGUUGUCGUGCCACAUACGCAUCUUGUCUUCCUGAAUUGGCGAGACAGGCUUCAAAGUUUGUAAAUCUUGCACAGUCUCUAAGAAAUGCAGGAAUUCUAUCGUUUCCGGAGUCCGAAUACGAAAAUGUAAAUCAUGGUAAAGCAGAAUUAUUAUUUGAAACUGGACGUCAUGAUUUGGUUGUUACGGUUGAAAGACAUGUUUCGAUGUUACUAGCCGAUAGUUCAUCCAUUGUGCGAAGAUCCUUAUUAAGUGCUCUCCCACCUCUCUGUGUGUUUUUUGGAAAAGCUAAGUCAAAUGAUUUAAUUUUGAGUCAUUUAAUUACUUACCUAAAUGAUACUGAUUGGAUGCUUCGAUCUGCUUUUUUUGAAAGUAUUACUGGGCUUGCCAUUUUUAUCGGUCCUCGAAGUGUCGAUGAGUACAUCUUACCUUUAAUGUUACAGGCUUUGGUCGAUCCUGAACCAGCAGUGUUGGAGAGUGUACUAGAAUCCUUUGCUGCCCUUAUUGAGCUUCACCUGUUUGAUAAACUCGUUAUCCUUAAGAUUCUUCAUCUCAUUGUACCUUUUUCUAUAAUACCCAAUAUCUAUACUAGAAAAGCUACGCUUUCUGUAAUUUACUCUACCUACAAAUGCUUGGAAGAAAUAGAUCGUCAAUGCAUAUUAAUGCCUGUGCUUCGUCCGUAUUUACUUUCUCCCAUAUAUGACAUAAAUAGUCUAGAAGAACUUAACCUUUUUAUUCUUCCAAUGGUUCCGGCUUCAGUUUGGUCAACAUUAACGCACUGGUUUACUGAAUCUGACGACAAUUCUGAAUUUUGGAAGGCUGUUCGUUCACCAAACCUUUCAAAAGAUGACGAUGAAAUAGGUGAUUUACAACUGAGUUUCGAGAAAACCAAAAAUGGAAAUUCUUCUAUUUCAAAUUUACGACCUAGAAAGAAGCUCCAUUUAUUGGGACAUACGAUUCUAACUUCAUCAGAAGCCCUUGAAUUAAAUGAUGACGAUCGCAAGUGGAUUCAUAUUAUCCAGAAAAUGGGUAUGAAGGAGGAACAUUUAUUCAUACUGGGAAAUGUUCGUGAAUACAUAUAUAGAACAAUCACCAACUCUGGAAUCUUAAUAAGAAAACGUGAAAGUGAACUUGCUUUUAAUCAAUCAAAGGAUGCCCCAAAAUCACCUCUACACAUCUUGCCUGAAAUGAUAUUUUGGAAUCCUGAAGCACCUUAUUCACCCUAUUUAUUGAGAGAAAAUGUGGAACAAAUUGGUAAUAAUUAUGCAGAAUCCACGCACACGAAACAUUCACAAACAGAAGAUUUGGUUUCACCAGAAUCCGCAGCUUAUGUUGGAACUGAUAUGACUAAUGCAUUUGGGUCUACUACUAACUCGAUGAAAGAAAAAGUAGACGAUAAACAACAUCACCAAAAAUCCAAGUCUUCCGAAGUUAACACUUUGUCUGAGGCACUCAUGCAGCGCAGAAAACCAGUUAGUCAGAGAAGAAGAACCAAUUCCUCCCCGAAUUCUAUGCGUUCUAUAGAUAAUGAAUCUUCAACUCAAUUCAUGCAUCAUCGAAUGCAUAAUUAUGAUGAGCAAGUGAGCAAAGAAUCGACUGCCGAAGGGGAAUUGACUGGAAAAAACAAGCGAACGGGGAAGUAUGGACUAACUGUUGAUUUGAAAGUUCCUAAUUUAGAUUCGUCAAGUCCUAUUAUGACAACAAAUUCGAAUACGUUACUCAGCCUCGUAGCGAACGAAAGAAGUUUAAGAGAUGGUGCCAAGAAAUCUUCUUAUACAGGAAGCAAUCCUUAUGUAACGAAUUACCUUAACAAACUGUAUGCUGAAGCUGCUGUGGCUGCGGUCGACUUUGGGCCUGCCGUUGCUCCAAGCUGGGCAUCAUCUAUUUCACUACGUAGAAGAGGGAAGAUUAUAAACCCCAAUAAACAAUCGAACAAAGCUAUACAAGGGAGUGAUUGGCAACCGGAGGGGUCCCGUGUAACCCAGGUGAAUUUGGGUAAUGUAAAAGACGGAGAUAUGAAGAGAAUUAUUGCAAGUCCUGAUUCUGUAUUUUUCGUUACGCUUGGACUAGAUGGGUUAGUUCGAGCAUGGCAAUUGGUUGAAAGUGAUCAUCAGAUUCCACUUUGGAAGUGUGAAUGUCGAUUGGCAUAUGGUCAUACUCGUCGAAAUGGAGAAAGAAGUAGAUUUCCUGUUGUUAAUGGAUGCUUUAUGGGAAACACAUACUCAUUUGCGUCUGUUACACAAGAAGGAUCUAUUGAAGUCCAUCAGCUUGACAUACACAACCAAAAGCAUAAAAUUAUUUCAAGUAACAGGAUUCCUAAUAUGGACAUCAAUGAUUCUAUUACAUCGAUGGAAUCAGCGAACUUUUACGACGGAAGUAUCCGCAUAGUGAUAGUCACUGCUUUGUCUAAGCUGUAUUAUCUAGAAGCAGGAACUUUACAGUCUUUGGCAUCCAUACAAUUACCGAUUGAACGUGGAUCAGCCACUUCAGUUGCCGUUUCCGACGGAUGUCUGUGGGCACUUAUAGGAACAUCGAAAGGAUGGCUCCUUUUGUGGGAUUUGCGUUUAAAUGUUCUUUCUACAGCAUGGAGGAUUUCAGCAAAAGUAGACAAAAUUGAUUUUUUAUCGGGAAGAUACAGAAAGGAACCAGCGUUUUCGCUGUUUGGCGACGGUAUUAACAACCCAAAUAUAGACUCUCCAUCUUCCAUGGGUUUAGGAGGAAGUUCAAGCGGAAGUUUUAAAAGUCUACAGCCGACUGCCCCAGCAAUGGGGAAUACAAGCCAAGAUGCUAAAGCUAUAUCUACCAUUUUUGGAUGUACCACUGUGUCAAUAAGUUUCAGUCGACUAGGGAAUGAAAAAAGGGAAAAAACAAGGCCCGAAGACUUUGAAGAUGAUAUGUUUGAGAACAUGAAUCGUCUAUCAUCUGGGGUUUUGAUUUUUGAUGUCGAGCGAGGAAAAUGUGAAGAAAUGUUUUUGGAUAAUUGGGAAUCCAAUGUUCCUCCCCCAUAUCCUGUACAACAAGAAGUAGACGACGUAAUCGGCUCGAAAUUAUGCCAGCAGUCCUGGAUUCGUGAACCUCACUUGAACGAUUCAUUCCAAGGGGACUCUCAGGCUUAUCAUUCUGGAUGGCCAUGCUUGUCAGUUCCUGUUUACUACCAGAAUGAUUCAACAUUAAGCCAGACGGAAAGAAAGAUUCUAUUUAUCAUCGUUUCUCCUGGCAGUCCUCAUGCUUACAUGUGGGAUACGAACAAUCCUUCUAAAAACUUAUCAAUUACCAACAUUAAUGAAACGGCUAAAGUUUCAGUUCUUCAACAUGCACCUCCAGUACAUCUACGAACAGUAGAGUCAUCCCAGGUUCGACCAAAGUCCUCAGGUGUUUCUAGACCACUUUUGUUUCUUCAACAACAGAAGUAUCUUCCUAAUGAAAAUCGCCUGUAUCCCAUUGUUGACAUAGCCUUCCUUUACCGACCUUAUGCUCUUACAUUGCUUAUUGACGCAUCGGGGACUUUAGAGUUAUGGGCCUAAAAGAAUUAUUAAUAAAAAAAUAACUUUUUCAUUUAACAAAUCAUUAUUCUCUCCAUCUUCUUUUUCAAGAUUAUCUUACUUUAUGAUUUCUAUGCUGCAUUUCGUUAAACCGAUUACCGU